AUGUUCAGUGAAAGAAGGGCCGAUCACGACUACCGAGCUCAGGAAAAUGGAAAGUUCCUCAGGCUGGCACAGCAGGUUCAUCCUCAGUAUGUAGCCCCCGCUGAGGGAAAGAACAAACCAAUGAGGACUUUAGCAUCGGGUUCCUCCCACAAUCAGUCACAAGCGCGAAAUAGCCAUCUGUCACACGGUAUACCGUCAGCUUCUUCCACCCUGCAACAACACCCUCCUGCAGGUUUCAUACCAUUUGACCCGGUCUGGUGGUGGCCAGACAUCAUACACAAGGAAGACUUCCACAGCGAGAGUGGUUUGCUAUUAGUUGGCAGCCGAGAGAAGCCUCGUGCAGGCAUCGUGCCGACGUAUGAGCUGUUCUGUGCGAUAAUAAAGGCGGGAUUGGCUCGUCGUGACGCCGAUUCGUCGUACGCAUUGCGCAAUCGAGAGCUGGACGAAGUUCAGCGAAAGUAUGAUAAGAUGGUAGAAGAAAAGGCAAAAUGCGAAGAAGAACAGCAGGAGCUCAUUAGGUUGACUUCGAGCAACUACGGUGGGUAUGAUCGUGAGACCUUCGAAUGGGCGAUGAAGCGUAAAUCGGAAGUCAUAUAUCGUAUUCGAGCCCUUGAAGCAGAGGGAGAAGAGCUCCAGGUAGAGCAGGAUAAUAUCUACGCUCGACAUCAUGAAGUAAAUGUGAACACUAUGGCCGUAGAAAAAACGCUUUGGGAUUUGCUCGACGACCUUCUAGUACGGAUAGGCGUUCUGCCCAACAUCGAUGGCGACGACAAGAAUCCGCGGGUCCGGAUCGUGGACGCAAGAGAGCAUGUAGACGAUCUCAAUCUGGAUUGGCCCGAGAACAAUUGGAACGAGGAGAGACCUGGGGACUGGAUACCCCCGCCGAUUGUGGAGAUAUAUAGCGGGGCAUUUAGACCUCUGCAACAAGAAGAACCAGAAAGUACGUGGAAUAACGCAUGGAACGACUACCCUCGCAACGAAAACCUGCUGGCAUUACAGGACGCGCUCCGCCAAACAGCGGACGAAGCGACACGCGUUGAGAAAGAGUUUAACAACGUUCGCGAGCAGUACGAUCAGGAGUUGAAGACUUACAUGUUUCACCAGAGAGGGAAACGUGUCAAUGCAAGUGUAAGGUCGUAUCAGCUAGAAGAAGAAUUUGGUCCGAUAUGGCUGGAAAAAUGUCGCAACAUUUCCUCGAAGAUGCAGGAAGCUGACAGAGGUUAUGCGCAGGCUGAGUGCGAUCUUUCGGAUGCACAUCGGCAUGAUCGCGAGGUUCGAAGGAGAAAGUCGAAGCCAGAGCUAGGCGCACCAGCUCAGACAAAAGCAAUCGCAACAGAACAUUUUGGAGAAAGGAUGUCGUCUCGGAAGAGGCGCUGGAUCGACGAAUGGCUUGGAGAUGUGUGUAUAGAAACGCGCGAUGAGGACCAGGAAGAACCUGGAGAAGAACCGGGCCAGCCCAUUACCGUUGCUAUGGAUGAGGCAAGUAGAACACUGCGCUCUGAGGAUGUUCCAAUGGCUACGGGUCAGCGACGUAGGAGAAUCGACAGAUAUGUACUUCGAACUCAAGAGCUGCGUCAAGACACGACAAAUACUGCCUUACAACAGCUGCAUCUCGACUGGGCACGGAAAGUUGGUGAAGGGAUGUGA